AUGCAAUGCGCAUUUUGUGUCUCAUUGUGUCUCAUCGAGUGGUGUGAGCGCAAUUGGAGUACCUUUGUGUUGAUCCAUAGCAAAGUGAGAAAUAUACAAAGUUACAUUAAGCUGACAAAGCUGGUGUACACACGUUACAACUUGCAGCCCCACCUUCAGCAAAAUGAGACUUAUCGAGAAGAUAUGGAGGUUGAUCCAUGUGCUCUCAUGAUGAAUCUUACUCAACAUGAUGAAACAAACCCAAUCAUGGAUUGGAUGAACAACUCCAGGAGUGAAUCAGAACCACUUCUAGAUGAGGGAGGUCGCCAUCUCAGUUUAUUCGUGAUAUAG